CAAACGUUUGAUUCGGACGUGCCUUGUUGUUACAUUUCUACCUCUGUAUUAUCUACGGCGAAAUUUUCCGAUUUUUGGACGUAGGGGUUUAAAAACGAAACAUUGCUGCGAAAUCGUUCAAGUACAUUCUGUAGGAAGGACUAUAAAAAGUCAACGUGCUGUCAAGCCUGUAACUCAAGCUGGAGUCGGACGAUUAUGUGGGAUUUCUGGACAAAUACGAAUAAGUUUUUCCUUAUUAUGCUUUCAUCUAAUGGGAUUCUUGUGUCGUUGAUUUUGGAUUGUAGCAUAUAGAGGCAUGGGCUCUUUGAAAGCUUUGCAGGACUGGUGCAGGGUCCAGUGUGAGAGUUACCAUGAUGUGGACAUUAGAAACAUGUCCUCAUCCUUUAGAGAUGGAUUGGCGUUCUGUGCCAUCAUCCACAGACACAGGCCGGAUCUCAUAGACUUUGACUCCCUUUCAAAAGAAAAUGUCUAUGAGAACAAUCAACUGGCGUUUGAGGUUGCAGAAAGCGAGUUAAAUAUUCCAGCCCUGCUGGAUCCAGAAGACAUGGUGUCCAUGAGCGUGCCUGACAGAUUGAGUAUUAUCACCUACGUCUCUCAGUAUUAUAAUUACUUCACCAACAAAUACCAAGAUAACUCCACGUGCAUGAAGAGACCCGCUUUUCCAGCCUUCAACGAACCAGUCAUAAAGAAACGAUUAUCUCCAGAGGAACAGGCCUCUAAGACAGAAUUGGGUAGAGAUAGCCAACCAAAAAGCAGCACUCUGAGCAGCAGCUGCCUAGUCUGUGGAAAGCACGUUCACCUGGUUCAGAGGAUCCUCAUUGACGGCAAACUUUACCAUCGGAACUGCUUCAGAUGCAAAGAAUGUAGCAACACGUUACUUCCUGGCUCCUACAAGUUCACAGAGGACGCUGGUUCGCUUAUUUGCACAAAUCACUUUACCAGGUCCAUCAGUCAAAACUGUCGGCCCGAUCUGAGUAAUCAACUAGUGCCUACAAGCUCAAGCCCCAAAGACCCACCCAAUAGGAGUAUACAGGAGUCUACAGCAUCACAAAGUGAUGAUAACGCUGAAGAGAGAGAGGAUGCGAACAGACAUGAACCGUCAAGAGAAAAUCACCCGGACAGCAGCUCAGAGGAGAAGACGGAGCAAGUUCAACAAAAUCCUUUUGAUGAAUCUGAAGAGGAGGAACAGGACCGCCAUCAAGAAGAUGAAGCGGGAAACAAGCCAGCUGCUGAUGGAAGUAAUAGUGUCCUUUCUUCAACGCCAGUGAGGAGUACCGCAGCAGAGGGUCCGCCAGUACCAAAGCCUAGACGGGUGUUGGAACCCUCUCCCGCCCCUCGUCCUGUCCCCAGACCGCGCCCACACAGACCCACCGAGAGCUUGACAGUGAAUGGAGAUGCUCGUGGAUCAGUUCCUGUACCAAGAGAGAGAUCACACUCACCUGCUGGCAAAGCAGCUAACACUCCUAAACCAAAAAACCCACCCUGGCUGGCUCUUGUUCAGUCAGAAUCCAAGAAAAAAACAGCACCUCUCCCACCCGGUAUUCCCAGUCUAGCCUCUUCUGGCUCAACUUCUUCUGUAAAAGAGGAGAGAUCAGAAACAGUCGCUGCUCUCAAUCCCUUUGAUGAUGAAAACAAUGAGGAUGAUGAAGAUGAAGAUGGAGAGCCAGAAACCAACACUGAACCUCCCUUAGGUCCAAUGUUGUCCAACCAUCCCUGGUAUAGGAUCACUCAAGCUGCUAAAGACACAGAUGGAGACGACAGUGCAAAAAGUCCCGCAAGUGUUGAAAGAAAGAAGCGACCGGCACCCCAAGCUCCAAAAUCAACGUCAUCAGCUCUAAGGAAAGAGAGCAUCUCCUCCUCAAACUCAGACUGCAGUGCAGAUCCUCAUCGGCCACCUGCUUACAAUCAGGACCACUUGUUUAUGAAGAGUGUGUCUGAACCAUCAAUCAACACUUCUACCGCCCCAAACCCUCAGCCUUAUUGUUCUCCGAGCGGGUCUCUGGCACCACCUACCAAUACCAACUCAAUGCCAAGCACUCCAGAGACCAGUCGUAGUAUGAGACCGCCCCCCCCUCGACCCUCUUCACAGACACCCAGCACUCCGGCCAAGCACACCUGUAAAGAGAAUCCAUUUAAUAGGAAGACCACCACCUCUUUCAGUGCUCCUAUAUCCGGACGCCCAAAAGGCCCUCGUCCUGCACGACCCCCUGCUCCUGGACAUGGAUUUCCUCUCAUUAAACGUAAGGUCCAGUCCGACCAGUAUAUCCCAGUAGAAGAUGUUCAUAGUGAAAUAAGUGAUCUGGAGAAACAGUUGGACGAACUGGAGAAGAGAGGUGUUGAUCUGGAAAAGAGGUUACGGGACUGUUCAAAUGAUGAUGCAGAAGAACAUCUGCUUGUUGACUGGUUUACUCUGAUUCAUGAGAAACACUUACUGGUGCGACGAGAAGCUGAGCUGGUCUACACGGCUAAGCAGCAGAACCUGGAGGAGAGGCAGGCAGAUGUGGAAUAUGAGCUUAGGUGUUUGCUGAAUAAACCAGAGAAAGAAUGGACGUCAGAUGACAAAGCCAGGGAGCAGCAGUUGAUGUCAGAACUUGUCACUAUUAUUGAGCAGAGGAACCAGAUCAUUAACAGCAUGGAUCAGGAUAGACAGAGGGAGGAGGAGGAAGACAAACUAGUUGCAGCUAUGCUUAAGAAUAAAGAGUUUCGUGGAGAAGGCGAGCAGAAGAAGAAAUUAGGAAAGUUUAAACCCAUGAAGGUUCUGAGGAGGUUGAGCACCAAGAGUGAAGGACUUAAGGGCAACUUUGCCAAAAAAGAGAACAGAUGAGAGCGAGAGAAAUGUAUAGUAUAUACCUUGAUAACUAAUUCUUAUCUCCCAGAAGGGCUGUCACAAUAUCCCAUUUUUUCUUUCUAGAUGAUUGUUAUGGCCAUAAUAAUUUUAUUUAAGAAUUUAAUAGUGAUCAAUUAUCGGUGAAAUUCAUCUUUUAUUUUGUUUGCCAAUAAAUCAUAGUGAAAAUAUGCGUAUAGGGAGGCAUUGAGAGAAUUGGUAACCAUUGUGGCUCUCAAGGCUAAAUGUUAAACGGGUACAAUAAUGUAAAGAUGUUAACCAGAUACUGGCUCUAAAUCAUUUACUAUAAAUAUCAGUAUUAACACAGUAUUAUUAAUCACCGUCUUAAAUUGUCAACACUGGUAUGUUUUGACCGCCCAAAUUCCCACCAUUAUUAUGUGUAUAUUACUGUCAAAUAGAGCAAGUCACCAGUAACACUCAUUAACAUAUAUCAGCUUUACUGCUACUGCAUCUAAGGGGACUUGAACAUUGGUUAAAAUGGGUUCUGUUAUGACAUUUUACAAAGUUUAAUUCUAAAAACUUAAAUAAAGCAUUUAGCCCCGGUUACACAGACAAGGCUUGAGCUGUCUUAACUGAAAAUAUCUUGCCCUGACCUAUCGUAUAAUAUGUCUGCAAUAGUUUUGUCUCAAGAUGCUUAUCGGUCAUGUUGUUUCUAAGGCAUUUUAAGAAAAGAGACUUAAAUAGCCUAAAUGUACCAAGGCAUAGUCCUGACUUUGGCUAAGCCUUAUCUAUGAAACCGGACCAUAGUCUGCUAACAUACUUUACAUCUCUCUUUAAAUACACAAAAUACACAAAGCAGCGGAUGAUGAAGUCCUUAAUGAUGUGUACCAUGAGUGGGAAAAGGAACCCCCUUAAAAGUAAUAUAAAUUUAUGGGUUCACUUAUGUAUUGAUGGUUGUGACUAAUUUAGUUCGGACUUACAGCUCAAAUUACUUACUUAUUUGACACCAUUGUAAUAUCUAUAUGUAGAGUUUGGUUCCAAAAUGAGAUGACAACGUUUUACAUAUUUUCAAAAAUCAUGUUAUUUUAUUUAUCAUGUUUUUAUUGUUUUAUUGUGUUAGGUGGCUGUAUUUUUUAGUCAUUAUGGCUUAAAUCAAAACAAACCAACUGCAGUUGGAUAAAGGAAUUAUCUGAUUUUGGAACCAUACUCUUCAUAUAAUCUCUCCAUUUUAAAAUACUACAUCUGAAUAUGUGAUAUUUAAUGUUCUAAACAACGUUUAAAGUUUCUGUGAAAAUUACAGUGUAAUUUGGAGUUGCUUCACUAUAGUGUGGGAAACCAUCAAGGCUGUGAAUGAAUCAAAUGCCAUGUUCAUUUAUGUUGUUGAGAGUGAAUCAGAGCAGCCAGACAUUUUUAAAUGUAGAAAUGAAAAAGAAAACCCAUGUUAACCUUUAUGUGUGUUUUAAGUAUUUAGCAAUAACUGGUCUUCCUCAGGCUUUCAAGGCCCUUCAAACGUGUGAUUAUGCAAUAAUACAUUUAUUUAGACUUUGACUGCAAAGACUUUAUGUGCUGGGUUGUAAAUCUCUCUAUUAACACAAAAUUUACUUCUGAAGGAGUGCCUAGAAUCUGUUUAAUUUAUGGAUGGAUGUCAUAUAUUGGACAUUCAGUGUCUUAAAAUAUUUUGUUACCAUCUCAUUAUGUGUCUCAUCUGUACAUAUUGAGUGUUUACUGUACAUCAAACUGUCUUUGUUGAACAAAUAUAGAAUGCUUGUUGUCUAAAAUAAUCCCAGGCCUUUUAGGAUGGAAGACUUCAAAAAAUAAAAACUUAAAACACA